AUGUCAUUUGCCGACGCCUCCACCCUAACGCUCCUCCGACUCCCUACCGAAAUCCUCCUCAUGAUAGUCAAGCAAAUGGUCCCCUCUGCGCUCGCCGCCUCUGUCCACACCUCAGCCCGCCUCAGAGCGCUCAGCAUCCCAGUAUACGACUCACUUCCCAUCGAACAGGUUCUAGUAAGUUUCAAGCACGUUUCCGCGACCGAUGACCACCAGGCAAUGGCCCUUCUGCUUCCAAGGAUUCGGCGCGAGCUCAGAUCUGACCCGUACGUAGGCUACGCGGCCCUAGUAGCUGCCUGCACAAGCAGCAAUACGCACAUCGUUCAGCGGCUCGCCAUCGACGACGGGAUUCCCUUUGAUGUUGGCGCCAGAUGCUUGGAGCCAACGCCGCUCCUCGCGGCGAUGAAGAACAAGAAUACGGGCCCGUUGGGUAUUCUUGUUGCUGCGGGCGCUGAUUUGCGUCACGUAGUGCACUACAGCAAGUUAUUGAGGCCAAGGUAUCUUUUUGAGAUCGGCCAUGGGUGCAACGUCGACUGGACCGAUCACAUGGACUCGACUCCGUUGCUGCUAGCAGCCGAACGGGGCCAUCUUGAUAUUGUAUCUUUCUUGCUGGAAAAGGGCGCUCAGACUAACCAUACGGACUUAGAGGGCAGGACGGCCCUUUUCUGGGCCUCGAAAGGCGGCCAUAUGGGUAUCGUCCGUGUUCUGGUCGCACAGGGCGCCGAUUUGAACAGGGCUGACGAGUACGGACGGACUCCUAUGUUGGCUGCAGUUCAGCACGGGCGCACCGAGGUGGUCCAGUUUCUUCUGGAUGCUGGUGCCGACAAGAAAAAGCCGGAUAUACACGGAAAUGUUCCUAGAGACUAUGCGGAACGAAGCCAGUACAGGGAGGAGUUUGCAGGCAUCUUCGGGUUUCCGUUGCUUUGA